UUCAAAAAUUGUAAUCCUCAAACAUAUUGAACCUUAUCGUUCUGCAUCUUCACAUCUAAUCCCAUUUCAAUCGAUUCCCAUGUUAAAGCAAUUGGGUAAAUGGACUUCAAAUUCCAUACCACUCUUCCCUCAUCCCAACCCAUUUUCAUACACCCAAACAGCCCCCUCCUACUCCUCUCCCUUCUCCAAUAAUCCCCUGAAAAUCCGAAUCAAACGAGCUAACGAAACUCUACAUCGUGCAAGGAGAAGAAUCAUAUAUGACGACGACAACGAGGACGAGGAUUAUGGGUAUAACGAAGAGUUAGCGAUGCUCGAAUCUUACACUCAAUUGGUGAAAGAUGAAAUUCUUUUGGUACAAGCAAUGGUGGACGAUGAACAAGUUGAAGUUCUCAUCUACAAGGGAUUUUCGUCGUGUCUGAAUUAUGGAACCUCUUCAGAUCCUUCAAGAAGUGUGUUGCCAGCAAAGGCAUGGGUGAAAAGCAUAGAUAGAGCUAGAGGGCCGUUUGAUCCAUCCAAUAUUGAGUAUAUUGAGCGAGCCAUCCCUUUUCAUCAAUUUCAAACACGUCUCCCCCACCAAAAUUGAAACACCUCCACUAUUCUUUUUUUGUUUUUAUUAAAUGCUUAUCAACACCUCUUUUUCAUUACCAUAUAGCUAAACUCUAAUAUUUGUGA